AUGCAUAGCCAGGCUUCACCACCCACUCCUUUUGAUGAACUAGACGGAGCCGAGCACGGCGUUGCUGUAGAGCACGCACCUCCAGAUGGUGGAUAUGGCUGGGUUUGUGUAGCAACAUGUUUUACCAUUAACUGUUUCACAUGGGGGGCUGUAUCAGCCUAUGGCAUCUAUUUGUCACACUACCUAGCCGACAAUGUCUUCCCCGAAGCAUCAACCUGGGACUAUGCCUUUAUUGGAGGCUUCAACUUUGCCAUCGCUAUGCUCCUCGCGCCUUUCGCUACCGUCUUUUGCCGCAGGUUCGGGAUCCACGUUGUCAUGUGCUGUGGCCUAGUCCUCCAGCUUGGGGGCUUCAUCGCAGCAUCAUUCGCAACUCGUAUCUGGCAGCUCCACAUUUCGCAGGGCAUUUUGAUCGGUGGCGGAAUUGGCUUCUUAUAUAUACCUUGCCUGCCAGUUCUAUCACAAUGGUUCGAUAGACGACGAAGCCUGGCCAAUGGUAUCAGCGCGGCAGGAUCUGGCGUUGGCGGUGCGGCGUUUGCUUGGGGUACCGAGGCCAUUAUCCAACGCCUGAGCAUCGGCUGGGCGUUGCGCAUCACGGGCAUCAUCGCCUUUGUUGCCAAUUCUCUCGCGAUAGUCUUUAUACGCGAUAGGAACAAGGCCAUUCGUCCGUCACAGUUGGGAUUCGAUACCAAACUCUUGAGGCGUUACGAAGUACUACUACUGCUCGCAUGGGUCUUUAUCAGUAUGCUGGGAUACAUUGUCCUGCUAUUCUCGCUGUCUGACUUUGCUCUGUCCAUAGGACUUUCUCGAUCUCAAGCUACUGACAUGAUAGGUCUCCUCAAUGUCGGUACUGCUAUUGGGCGACCGAUAAUCGGAAUAUUGAGUGAUCGAUGGAGCAGAAUAGACACAGCAGGAACAUUGACUUUGCUAUGCGGUGUCUCCUGCUUCGCCUUUUGGCUACCUGCUACAUCUUAUGCACUUACGGUCUUUUUUGUAAUUCUUUGUGGAGCUAUUGUGGGCGUAUUCUGGAUGGCAAGUGAGCCCAUUCAUCUCAUUCAACUUUCGAACCCGUCUUCUGACAUGGUCUUAUCAUCAGACAAUCGGUCCGCUCUGCGUCGAGGUGGCAGGCAUCAAAAAUUUGCAGUCGUUGUUGUCUUUAUCAUGGACGGCUGUUAUCAUUCCAGUAACAGUAUCUGA